AUGUCGGUAUCUCGUUGUUCAGCUGAGGAGUCUAGUUCAAUGCCUAAGAGGGCCAAGAUAGGCAUCCCAUUAGUGUUAGGUUUUUCAGAUGAGGACAAAGUUGGAACCAUACAGCCCCAUGAUGAUGCCCUAGUGGUUACCUUGAGAAUUGGUGGGUAUGAUGUGAAAAGGGUGAUGAUUGACCAAGGCAGCGCUGCUAACAUAAUGUACCCUGACUUGUAUAGGGGGCUAAAUUUGAAACCUGAGAAUUUAACAGCCUAUAGUUCUCCUCUGACUGGCACGGAUGUGGUGGAGGUGGACUUCAUCGUCGUAGAUGUUUUCUCUCCCUAUACGACCAUUAUGGGCAGACCUUGGCUUCAUACCCUGGGGGCUGUCUCCUCUACUCUUCACCAGAAGAUGAAGUACCCAUCUGGAGACCAGGUUUUGGAGAUAGUAGGAAAUCAAACUGCAGCCCGACAAUGCUUGGUAGCGGCUAUCCAACAUCGGCCUGAGGCGGAGACCUCGGCCACCGCUGAUAAUGGUUUAUAG